GGGGUGGGGAGGAAGGAGGGGGAAAGGCACCAACCAGCAGUCGCUCCAGCCCUGCCGAAGUUUCACUUUUUGUCUGUGGGUUCGCUCCCGGGCCCCGCGCGAGCUUUCCCGGGACAACUAGCUUUAGCGAGCGGCCGAGAGCCGGGCGCUGCAAGGUAAGGGCGGGCUGCAGGGGCCGGACCCCGGUGCGCGGGGCGCGGUGCGGGGCGCGGGCCUGUCCGGGGCUGGGGACAAUGGGAGGGGGAGUGCCCGGGCACCUCCUCCUUCGCCUCUGCCUCCGCCUCCAGCCGUCGCUGCCACCACCGCUGCCCCGGCUACCUCCUCCCUGAGGCAGAGUAAGAGCAGUUCAAGACCAGAGGUUGGGACUCCUUUCAGAAGACUGCUGAAAUCUUCCAGAGCAGAAGGCUGAGGCCUGUACCAGAAAUUGAAGAGUCAUCGUAUGCCUCAUGUUCUGGGAGAAGCCUGAAGGAAGCCAGACCAGUGCCUGCAUUCUCCCAACCUCCUGGAGGAUCUGUUGAAUCUCAGCUGACUCGCAGAAGGACCUCUGGUGGGAGCAUUGAAACUGAAGAGCAGACCGGAGGGCAAAAUCCUGCCAUCUGAAUCCCAGUCUAGUGCUUUUUUUUCAUUGUUCUGUAUCUCUGGGCACUUGUCAGCAGGAAGUAUUUUCCCCAACUGAUACGAACAUUGCAGUUUGCUGAUUCUUGUGUGAACUGACCAUUCCUGGAGCUAGCCAUCUCUGAGGUUCUAACAAUGUCUCACCCAUCUUGGCUGCCACCCAAAAGCACUGGAGAGCCCCUUGGCCAUGUUCCUGCUCGGAUGGAGACCACCCACUCCUUUGGGACCCCCAGCAUAUCAGUGUCCACACAACAGCCACCGAAGAAGUUUGCACCAGUUGUUGCUCCAAAGCCCAAGUACAACCCAUACAAGCAACCUGGAGGUGAAGGUGAUUUUCUUCCACCUCCACCUCCACCUCUACAAGAUCCUGCUGUUGCUAUUCCAUCUGGCCCAGGAAACUUCCCUCCACCGCCACCCCCUGAUGAAGGUGCUUUCAGGGCACAGGGUAAUCCUGGAGGCAAGACCCUUGAGGAGAGACGCUCUAGCCUGGAUGCUGAGAUUGACUCCUUGACUAGCAUCUUGGCUGACCUUGAGUGCAGCUCCCCAUACAAGCCUCGGCCUCCACAGGGCUCUGCUACUUCAACAGCCUCUCCCUCAGUUUCCACUCCUGUCACAGGACACAAGAGGAUGGUCAUACCAAACCAGCCCCCUCUAACAGCAACCAAAAAAUCUACAUUGAAGCCACAGUCUUCACCUCAAAGUGGACCCAUUCCUGUGACUCCAAUUGGAACACUGAAACCUCAGCCUCAGCCAGUCCCAGCCUCCUAUACCACGGCAUCCACCCCUUCAAGACCGACCUUUAAUGUGCAAGUGAAGUCAGCCCAACCCAGCUCUCACUACAUGGCUGCCCCUUCACCAGGACAGUCUUAUGGCCAAGGGCCUCUUGGCUAUAACACUCCACCAGUUCCUGUCUCUGGGCAGUGCCCCCCACCUUCUCGGGGAGGCCUAGAUUAUGCAUAUAUUCCACCCCCAGGACUUCAACCUGAGUCUGGGUAUGGAUAUGCCCCUAACCAAGGACGCUAUUACGAAACCUACUGCCCACCAGGGCCUGGAUAUGGGGGCAAAAAUGACACUAAUCUUGCUUAUGGUCAACAACAUCACCCCAAUACCUGGAAGCAGGAACAAGGAUACACUCCAGCUGGGGUGGGGAAUCAGAAUCCCCCUGGAAUGUAUCCCGUUGUUGGUCCCAAGAAGACCUACAUCACAGAUCCUGUUCCAACUCCCUGUGUGCCGCCACCACCACAGCUAAAGGUAGGAGACUCAUGGGCAUUGCGAUGGGGAUGAAAGUGGCUGUCUUAG